AUGCCUUCGCUUUCGGCUCAAGUUAUGCUUGAGCCCCCCAAGAAGGCUCGGAAACCGGCCAGUCUGGCGAUUGCGGAAUAUGACAGGGCUGGGAACCUGAAAGCCAAGUUUAUCGAGUCGGCUCCGCGCGCCGGACCUGCUCGAGUCGAUAUCCUGCUUCCUACAAUACGAAAGAAGCCUUGGAGAAAGGUGCUUGACAUCUUCCUGCCGGAUGGCUAUCCUCACAGCGUGACGGAUGACUAUGCCGCCUAUCAGAUCUACGUGAUUCGCGAGUCAAUGGGCAGACUCGGAACCAUUGCCUUUGCUCAUUUGAUGGGGACAUCAAUAGAGGCUGAGUGCAAGGCCUAUCGCAUGGCUUCCGAUGUGCUGUGCAGCAUUGCCUUCAUCUUGGAUUGUCUCUCGCCGCUGUUCCCGAGAAGUAUCAGAUUUCUGAUUCUGUGCUGCUCAAGUAUCUUGUUUGCGGCGAGUGGUGUUGCUGGAAAUGCAUCAAAGAGCAGUCUGAGCGGGCACUUUGCGAAGUGGAACAAUCUUGGGGAACUCAAUGCUAAAGACGCAAGUCAAGAAACGGCAAUUUCACUAAUGGGCAUGCUCACCGGCACUCUGGUGGUUUCUUGCCUAACAACACCAACUACUACCUGGACAACACUCUUCAUUCUGAUCGCCAUCUACCUAUUUCUCAACUGGAAGGGCGUCAGAGCCGUCAAAUCUCGCUCACUGAAUCGACAGAGGGCGAACAUUGCGUUUUCUGCACUGCUAUCCAAAGACCAGGUUCUUACGCCCGGAAAGAUUUCCGAAAAGGAGCUGAUCUUCGAGAGACGCGGUGGCGAGGUUUUCCGAUGGAACGCAGAUACAAUUUUGGGCCAUUGCAAAUUCGGGGUGCCAUUGGAGUCUAUGCUCCAGGCUUUGGCAAAUGGCCAACAGAACAUGAGGUCUUUUCAACUUCCGACGGUGGACCUAUCCAACCUCAUGGAGCUUUUCGAGAAUCAGCAGUAUAUCAUAUGGUGCCAAAUAUCCGAGGCGACAAAUUACGACGCGGCAUCCAGGAUCAAGGUGUUGAUCGUGUUGAAGAAUGGCGUUUCCGCCAAGUCGCAACUGAAAGCUUGGUUCCACGGUCUUUUGCUCGCUGAGCGGCUGCACGGUCUGAAGGCACCCGAGCUGAGGCGAGCUCAGCUAGGCCAGCACAUCAUGCUGGGACACAUUCAGGCGACUAUGGCUCUAUCCGACGAGAAAUACGAAGGAUACGCGAGGAGAUUGUCGGCUGCCGGCUGGAAUCUGGAGGUUGCCGUGCUGGAAACCCGAUCGGGAUCUCGGAUAAUGCGAGAAGUUGAUGAUGAGGACACCCAUUGA